UCAGGAAUUUGUAUUUAGCAGAAUUAUAAUGCGAUUCAUAUAAGAAAUACUAACAAUCAACAUCAAUCACCACAAUGCAUCUUUGUUUAUCUGGAUUGUAGCGCAACCCAAGCGGCACAUUUCGUGGGUCCUCGUGAUGAAGCUCAACAUCGCUUUCCCAACUAAUGGGACACAAAAAUGUAUUGACAUCGAUGAAGAGCUCAGGCUCCGCCCAUUUUAUGAUAAGCGCAUGUCUCAUGAGCUGCCAGUCGAUUUUCUAGGAGAUGAAUGGAAGGGAUAUGUGGUGCGCAUAACAGGUGGAAAUGAUAAACAAGGUUUCCCGAUGAAGCAGGGUGUUCUGACAAACGGUCGUGUCAAGUUACUUCUGAGUAAAGGAAGUUCAUGCUAUCGUCCUAGACGCAAAGGUGAACGUAAACGAAAGAGCGUUCGUGGUUGUAUAGUUGAUAGUAAUUUGAGCGUACUUAAUCUGGUUAUUGUGCGCAAGGGCGAAAAUGAUAUUCCUGGUCUGACAGACGUCAGUAUUCCUCGACGUUUGGGUCCCAAAAGAGCUUCAAAAAUACGAAAAUUGUUCAACUUGUCGAAGAAGGAUAACGUUUGUCAGUUUGUGGUACGCAAACCUGUCCCAGCUAAGGAAGGAAAGAAGGAACGUUCUAAGGCACCAAAGAUUCAGCGCUUGACAACUCCAUUGAGGCUGCAACGUAAACGUCGCCAACGUGCAGUUAAGCGUCAACGUGCCGAAUACCGCAGAAAGGUUCAAGAGGAGUACGCGAAGUUGCUUGCUCAACGUCGAAAGCAGGCACGGGAUGAACGUGCAGAACGCAAACGUUCGAGAAGUCACUCUUUGCGUGAAUCUAAAGGACCAGUUAGCAAAAAAGAAUAACUUUUUUGAUUAAUAAAUAUUUCGGAUGAAAACAUUGUUU